UCUGUCGAGGAAAGCCUCGUCGGUGGGCGGUGCAAUUUAACCCAUCACACCUGCAUUUUCUGCCACCUUAAAUCUACCCUGCCCUAUGCGCCAAUGGUUUUACUCCGAUCCACCCCCACAUCAUUUAUAUAUACUCUCCUCACUUCUCACUUCUCACUCAGAUCACAUACAAUUAAAAUGGGCAGCCCCGCCGUGGACCACCGCCGUCUCCGCUGCGUGUUCGAGGAGUGGAUAGCGCAGCAGCAGGAGGAUCUGGAGGAGCUGAGCCGAGCGAUGGAGUCGAAUCUCGGGUCGGCCGAGCUCUUCGGGGUCGUGGAUAAGAACGUGAAGCACUUCGAGGAGUACCAGGAGCAUAGGGCGUUGCUGGCCGAGCAGAACGGGGGGCCGCCCUUCCUGUCGCCCUCGUGGUGCACUACUUUCGAGAACGCGUUCAUGUGGAUCGGCGGGUGCCGACCCUCGCUCUCCAUCCGCCUCGUCUACUCGCUCUGCGGCUCCGACCUCGACUCCCAGCUCCAGGGGUACCUGCAGGGAGAGCGGACGGGUAGUUUGGCGGAUAUUUCCGCCGCUCAGCUCAACCAGAUCAACGCCCUCCAGUCCAAGACUGUUAGAGAAGAAGACAAGCUUUCCAGCAGGAUAGCAACUUUACAGGAGGACAUGGCGGAUGAGCCGCUGGCGAUGAUAGUGAAUAAGAGCAAGAAAGUAGGGGAAUCGAGCUCGGACGUGGAGCGAGCUUUGGACAACCAUGCGGUGGCGAUGGGGCGGAUGGUGGUGGAAGCCGACAAGCUGAGGCUGAGGACACUGACGGAGCUAGUCAAAAUCUUGACACCGGUCCAGGCCGCUCAUCUUCUUCUGGUCGCCAAGAAAUUGCAUCUCUCCAUCCAUGAGUGGAGCAAAAAGAGAGACGGCGGCGCCGCCGCAGCCGACCGUCAAUUCAACACAACCCAAGACGCCGCCGCCUGCAGUGUUUCACCGGGCUAAUCAGUCCACUCAACAACCACCAAGUUAUACCAAUUAAUAUAAAAUAUAAAUAAUUAAGAGCGUUUUUUCAUAAAUGUAUAUACAGCAUGCCAACUUAAAUUAUUAGGCUAGAUAUAUUAUUAUUAUUAUUAUUAUUAUAGCUAGCUUCUUACUAAUUAUAUUAAUUAAAAUGUACUUACUUUAAUUGGUUACGCUGCAAUUACUUCUAUGC